AUGGUCACUCCCCCAGACUCCCAUGAGCAGGUGCGAGCAAGACCCGCCUAUAAACUUCCUUCCGCCGGGCUCCUUCCUUUCCUCGCGGACGCCGCUGCCGCAAGCAUGGUGAACGUACCGAAAACCCGCCGGACUUUCUGCAAGAAAUGUGGCAAACAUCAGCCCCACAAAGUCACACAGUACAAGAAGGGCAAGGAUUCUCUGUAUGCCCAGGGAAAGCGUCGUUAUGACAGGAAGCAGAGUGGUUACGGAGGUCAGACUAAGCCGAUUUUCCGGAAAAAGGCUAAAACUACAAAGAAGAUUGUGUUGAGACUUGAAUGUGUCGAGCCCAACUGCAGAUCUAAGAGAAUGCUGGCCAUUAAGAGAUGCAAGCAUUUUGAACUGGGAGGCGAUAAAAAGAGAAAGGGACAAGUGAUCCAGUUCUAAGCUUCAUCUUUUAUUAUGAAGACAGAAAUCCUGGGCUGUGACAGACUGAUGGAACAAUCCAUGUUUUAGGAGGGAAAUUAAGUAGUGUCAUGAAUAAACUCCCUGAGGGGAAAUUUGCUUA